AUGGAUGAUGGGAUGGACACCGGCGCGGUGAUCUUACAAAGCAAUAUAGAGAUCGGCCCGGAAACAACGCAUGGCAUGCUUAGUGCACAGAUCGCCUUUGCCUGCGAACAAGCCAGCCGUGAAAUCGUAACGCAGGUACGUACCGGCGAGCCGCUGGCCACCACCAUACAGGAUGAAAGCAAGGCCGUAUACCUGCCAAAGCCAGCUCCGGGAGAUACGGCGGUCAACUGGGAAACCAUGACUUCUACAGAGAUCAAGGCGCUUGUCAAUGCCUGCAAUCCGCAGCUAAAAGGGGCAACAGCAACCUGCAACAACUGGAACUUCGGCAUCACGCAUGUCACCGAGAUCAAUCUAACCGGCGAUACCGGCGCCAUAAAACCCGGCACCAUCAUUUAUGCCAAUCCGCAGGAAGGCAUGAUCAUUUACUGCAGUGAUGGCAAGGGUUUAAGACUGGACGUCACCUAUACUGAAGAAGGCUACCUCCCGGGUUACCGGCUGACAAUGUUCGGCCUUGCACCAGGCAUACAACUGGAGCACCCUGCAACCAGCCCCGUCAGGGAAAUGGCCUGA